AUGACAACACAAGUACCAAAAUAUGUUGAGCCAAGGACUCAAAAAAUGAACAAUGUAGCUAACCAUCUGGAGCCAUGGCUACAAUUGGAAGGCAAAGUGGUAGCUAUGGCUAUUGAACUUGAUGUUACUGCUGAUGGUAAAACUAUUGAAGCAUCAGUAAAGAAAGCUUGGGAUGCUUUUGGUCACAUUGAUGCUCUUAUUAACAAUGCUGGCGUUAGAGGAGGAACAAAAUUUUCAGUGGAUGUUUCUGAGGAAGAGUGGGAAAACACUUUCAGAACAAAUUUGACAGGAUCUUGGUUAGUUUCCAAAUAUGUUGGAAGACAAAUGCAAGCUUCAAAAAAAGGAGGCUCAAUUAUUAAUAUUUCAUCACUUUCUGGUUUAAAUAGAGCUUUAUUGCCGGGUUGUAUUGCUUAUAGUUCCUCCAAGGCUGGUAUGGAUACUAUGACAAAGAUAAUGGCAUUAGAAUUGGGAGAACACAAUAUUAGAGUGAAUACAAUAGCUCCAGGUAUUUUCAAAUCAGAGAUUACUGAGAAUUUAAUGAAAAAAGAUUGGCUAAAAAAUGUAGCAAAAAGAAGCAUUCCACUUAAAACUUUUGGUACAACUGAUCCAGCAUUGACUUCACUAGUGAGAUAUUUGGUCCAUGAUUCUUCAAAUUAUGUAUCUGGCAAUAUAUUUAUUGUUGAUGCUGGUUACUCACUACCUGGCUUUCCUAUCUUUUCUUCUCUCUAAGUUAUGCCACUUGAUGAUCACUUCAGCCAGACAUCUUCAUAACAGUCAUCUUAUGUAACGUUAUGCAUGUCACUAUAAUAGUCGAAUUUUCUCUAAAAGUCCAUAAGAUAUUUGGGCAAGUGGCGUAGUUAUACAAAGAUUUUUCUAUGUAUUAUAUUAAUGAAUUAUUUUCUUCUUGUUGUUGUUAUUGUUGUUGUAAUAAGAAAUGUUUCCUAGCUAGAUAUUAUGAAAUGUUUCCUAGUAUUACCUUUUCUUGAAAUAUGAUGGCAAAUAUUUGAAUAUG